UUUAGUUUAGGGCUAGACUGAAGAGCACGCCUAGGCAAUUAGAUUUUAAAUAUUUUUUUUCACAUUGUUCAAAUUUAAAUAUUGAUUUUUUAAAGUCAAUAGUAUGCUACACGUUAAAAAUGAAUUAGAUCUAGAUAUAGGUCAAUUCUUAUUCUAACUGCUUGCCAAUCGGCCAACUAUUUGUAUUGGCAACAGUUUGUAAUCAUCAUUUCCAAGGAGUCACGUGACUUUACGCUUCCGCAUCGAGUUAUGGACUAAGUAAGUGAAUGAAAACGAAACUUGUUUAACUUAUCGUUCGAAAAUGAACAACGGUGACGAACCUGAUUACACUCGUAUGCGUGAAGCUAUAGAACUAACCCAUGGACAUAUAUUUAUUCUCGGGACCAUCGUAUUUUUUAGCAUUAUUAACUGGAUAAUCAAAACAAAAGGGCCCCCAAAGUCACUCAGUGACGAGGAGUGGAAAUGGAGAAAUCUUUACGUUUCUUGGGUCCAUGCAUUUUGCAGCUCGGUCUGGGUUCUUUCAAGCAUGAUAUUUUGCUCUGAGAUGUUUUCUGACCUGUUUCACUAUAUCAACCAUUUCACAUACUUUUGUGUUUGCUUUGGUACAGGCUACUUUAUUUAUGAUUCCCUAGACUUGUUAGUAAAUAACAGGUUGCUACAAAUGUGGGAGGUGGUAUUACAUCAUCUUGCUGUAACUAGCAUGUUUUAUUACAAUGUGAACAUUCGUGCUCAAAUUGCCUUCAGCAUAGUCGCUCUAAGUGUGGAGGUGAAUUCUUUUUUUUUACAUUGGAGGAAGCUGUUGCAGAUGGUGAAGACGCCCUUUGACAGCCCGCUAUACCUGACUAUAAAAUAUAUCAACCUAGUCACGUUUGCGGUUUUCAGAGGCGUGCCAUUGUACGUCAUCACAUACAGCGUUUUCACCAUGGGUCACAUGGUCACGACAGCGUACUACAUCGGCAUCUGUCUUAGUAUGUUUGUGAUGGAUGUUUUAAAUGUAAUUUUGUUCUGGCGACUUUUGAAAAGUGACCUUCUACGGGGUCCCAGUGGGUCCCCUCGCUCGAAACAACAUUCGGCUCUGCAUCAUGAGAGCAAGACCAAUGGACACGUGACGUCCAACAACCACUCAGGUAACGUACCUAACUCUGUGAUGAAAGAAGAAUGAUUUACAGUGCUGUUAACUUGAUCACAUAAUGUGCUUGCUAAAUAUUCUUUGUAUUUAUUGUUUUAUUACAUACAGCUGAAACUUUACUAUCAUUAUUGUAUGCUAGUAAUUUAUACUGUUAUUAUAAUUAUAGGCGUAAUAAAAUUUAAGUGAACAAAUAUGUAGUUCACAAAGAAAUAAAAUAUAUAUUUAUCUUGCUUGUAAAGUUAUUACUGGGGCCAAAUAUUAUCAUUGAACAACAAAAUAACUAGUUUGUUGGACAUAUACCUGCCCUUAAACAAGCCGUCUCUGCUAAAUGUUAACCCUAGCCUUGUCCAUUCUCCAAACUAGCUGAUGUAUUUUUAUAUUAAUUGUGUAGUUAGGCUAGUACAGGCCAGUUGUUGUUAUUUUGCUAUGGUGUUUUAAAAUAUGCCUCAGUUUGAGCAGAAUAACAAAAUCUUCCCAAUUUUAUAUUGAGAGAAUAAUUCUACAUGAAAGGAAGGUAAUCUAAGCUUUUCAGUUAUAAUAAAGCAUGGCUUACAUUAAUUAUAUUGUCAUUUUAAAAGUGGUAAUAUUGUUUUUUGUAAUAUUUUGAACCACCCUCGAAUGAAAGCAGAAUUUAUUUUAAACAUUUAUACAGAUGUAAUACUAUACUUAACUCUUUUCUGACAUUUCUUUAUAUUGAAUAUCCGACAUGGUAAAUAUAUUAUUUUGCAGUUCUAGACAUCCCUUUCCACUGAAUGACACAUUCUUUUGGUUAUCUAUGCCUGCUUUUAGUUUUAACAAAGCUGUUUAUUGCUCCUAUGAUGUGCUAUAUACUAACUACCUGCAACCUCUGCAUUUGUUAUCUGUCUGGAAGAUUUCAAACUUAAAGAUCUCAUUGCUGAUUUAAACAUCAGAUUUUAUUCUCUUUUGUUUCAUAGCUUUUCAUAACAUGAUUUCAGAUUUUUAAAUUUCUCAAGUAAAGCUAGGGGCUAGAAAGGUUCAAGACCAGGGUGAAGUAGAUUGGAGGUUAGAAGGUCAGUCUUGUGUGCAACUUGGCUCAUUGGUGCUUUUUCAAAAUCAAAACAUUCUCUUUUUUUAUUACCAGAAAUUUUAUUUAAAAUCAUGUAUGAUGAUUGUUACUAAUAUGUUAUUCUGGUUUUCUACUACAGACAAGGUUAUGACAGGGAUGUGAAUGCCUUCACACCCAUUUUCUUUUAAAGUCAACCAUUUCAUUUUUUUAAAAACUGUUAUUAUGAAGCUAUUUUUAAGAGGGUAAUACAUUUUUUAUCUGCAGAAAAAAUAAAUUUGCCAAUGUAAUUUAAGAUUAUUAGUGUAUAUUCUCUAAAAGCAUUUUUUAAAAUUACAUAAAUUCAGUGUAAGGAGUUAUCCAUAUACAUUGAACACAUGGAAGGAGGGGGUCUGAAAAAGUCUUAACUCAUGACACUGAUGAUACUGACUAUGACUUUCCUAGGACUGACUGAGUGACCUUGACUGAGUGACAUGGUACAGUCUCCGUGACCUUGACUUAGUGACAUUGUACCAUCUCUGUGACCUUGACUUAGUGACAUGGUACCAUCUCUGUGACCUUGACUGAGUGACAUGGUACCAUCUCCGUGACCAGAGUUUCUUCCAGGCAUCUCUUCGUGGGGGUCUACCGCUCCCCCAAAUGAAAUGGAAUUUAUAUAGAAAAUAUAUACUUUUAACUAUGUGCUAUGUGUCGUCGUCCCCCCCCCCCCUGAGGAAAGGAAAAAGUCUGGAAGAAACAAUGUCUGUGACCUUGACUGAGUGACAUAUAUAGAUUCACAAGUGCUGUCUAUUUAUCUGGCUUUGUAAACUAAAUCUAACUUAUACUCAACUGUCAUAGCUUUAUUGGUAAAUUUCUCCUUUACUAAGCAAAAUGUUAAAACUUUGAACGUAAUACUAAUAAAAUUGAAUGUUUUUUUACCCAUAUAUUUUAAACUUUUUUUUUUAAACCAUUGACAUUGGAAUCAAAUUUAACUGUAUAAGACUAACUUUAUGUAUUAAUUUUUCUCUCUUUAGAAUAUACAUCAAUAAAAAUGUAUACAGCAUUAGAUUAUGGCAGAUUUCCAGCAUUAAAAAGUAUUGAGUGCUUUAAAAAAGAACAUAUUUUUAAUAUUUUUUUUUAAAGAAAAAUAUAUCCCAUUUACCCUUGUGAAUUUUAAUUUUUAAACAAUCACAUAACCCUAUGAAGGAUCACUUAAAAAAAAUUAUUUUUUUGUUUCAUGUCUUUUUUUUUUGUUUUGUAAAAAGUAUUUCUAGUACAAGCCAUGAUUUUUUUUUUAUCUUGCUUAUCAGUUUAGGCAGCAAACAUUUUCUGAUGCUGGUCCACGUUUUAUUUUCCAAUCUCUCCUAGUGGAGGUUUUCUACUUUCCUUUGCUCAAACAUUGACCUUUUCCAAAUCCAGUCAACAUGUUAUGUAUUGUAGUUGUUGUAGACUUUCCUAUGCUGUGAUGUCAGGCUCAUAGAUCUAAUCUUGUUUAUAAAGACACAUCAAAGAUAUCAAUUGAAAUAAUUGUUACAUAAUAUGACCUUUAUUGAAAUUUCACAAUAGUGCAUUUAAAUUUAAAAAAUAUAGUAUUGUUCAUGCCAUUACAUAGAAUAGCUGAAAAUGUAUUCUGCUGCCCUUGUUGGAGCAUAGAGCACUGACAAAGAGUUAAUAAGAUUGACACGAGUUGUAUCUAUAGCUUGUUUUUAUUUUGAUUAAAAAAGAAAAACUUGUUUGAUCCAUUUCUCAGUGAAUGAUAUCAGCAUUAUCUCCACUGUCAGCCUCAUAGUGAUAGCAUGCCUAAGUGCAUCAACCUGUUGCAGGCAUGUAGUUGGCUAAUUAAACAAAUGCCUUAAAUACUGCACAGCUGUUCAUUAUCUCUUCAAGUUAGUAGGGCAAAUAUUUUAAUCGAAUGAAGCAUAUCAUUAUUAUUAAUUCGCAACUAUAUAUCAAAUUUAAUUAAAACUAAAUUUUUAACUGCAAGCUAAAAUAUUUAUACACAAUUCAUAUUUGUUAAUUAUCUUGAAGCCAACAACAAACCAAAAAUUAAGAAAUUUUCAUUAAAUAUCAACUGUUUAUUUAAUGCAAUCUGCAUAAGUAAAAUGUAUGUAUUUUUUUGUAACUGGUGUAUACUCAUUUCCAAGUAUCGAUUAUUGUUUGUGAUUUAUAGAAAUAUACAAGACACUCAGAUCUUUGUAUUUGCUAAACCUUAUAACUGCUGUAUGUUGCACUACUGUAUACAUAGCUAUUGUGACACAAUCAAAUUUUGUAGAAAGCAUGACCAAAUAUCUUGUUUACUUUAAAAAAAAAAUCAGGUUAAUAUUGCGUUAUGAGUUGCAUUUGUUCCCUUAUGUUGUUGCAAUACGAAUGGUUUUCUUUUAUCUAGAAAACAUCAAAUUGUUGUCAAUUAUAUGAGAAGCAAUGCAUCUGAAGCAAAUCUUUUAAAAAUAUUUGUGUUACUUGUAGUAUAAUUGUUUUAUCUGUAAUUAUACAUUUACUCAGCUACAAGGCCAGCAGAGUAUGACAAAUAAAUAUUGUCUGUUAUAUUUUUAUACACGUUUUACUGUCAUUUCAAAGGGUUUUUUUUAAUUUGCUUAAAUUAUGUAACCAAUUAUGUAAGACAUUUUUAAACUGUAUAUAUAAAAAUGUGAUAAUUGUGUUUUUUUUGUAACUUUAUUUUAAAAACUAAUUUUUUUUUCAAGGAUAAAAAUAAAUCAAUGCUUUUUGUCAGGUUCAUGAAAAGGUCUUAGACUCUUAAUGCUUUAAUUGCAUGUAGAUUAAGGAAGAUUUUUUGUAACAAUACAAGUUAAAUAUAAUUCCAAAUUGUUUCAUUCAUUAUUUUAUUCACAUGAAAAUGUGGAUUGAUAUUUUUUUUUCCUGAAAACUGAAUUGUAGACUGUUAAAUUGAUUAUAUAGGUAUUCCUUUUCAUACAAAUAAAAUCCUAUGAACAAUUAUUAAAUUGCUUGGGUAUCAAAACUUUAUUUUAAAAUGCUUUUUGUGAAGUGAACAAACUGUUUUGAUUUUAAUCAGCUUAAAAGAAAGGCUACUUCUUGCUAGCCACUAGUCAGUCUCUUUUUUUCUUACGCUAUUUGUUUGAGAAUUCUAACAACUUAAAUUUUACUUCAUUGGGUCAAACCAGAACCCUUGAAAAUAGUUUUAAAAAAGGAUUAAUUAGCAACAAGUGAACACAGAAAAAUGAUGGUUCAGCUGUUAAAAUAAAGUAAACAACCUAAUUAUAAAACGUACAAAUGAAAAUUUACCUUAGUACCACCUGACUGUGCCUUGUAUUUGGUGUGUUUGUUUCAUAAAGCUAAAUGUAUGUUUGAUAUUUCUUUAGUUUUGGCUCUCAGUCUCCAAUCUCUAUUUACAUCUGUUCCAUUACAGCUGAUUGCUACUAUGUAAUGUAUUUUAUACAAAUAAAAUAUUGGUAUACAAGAUGUAA